AUGCCUUUUUUUCUAUACGUACUCCUGCUUUUCCCUCACCUGAAUGCAACAGCAGAAAACACUCUUUGCCGAAUGAUGGGAGAUCCAAAAUACGCGAUGCUGUCCAAAGAUGGAGACAUAAAUAUUGGAGCAAUAUUUCCAGUCCACACUAAAGAAACAUUACCUUCAUUUGAGUUUAGAAAAAAACCUCAGCUUUUAUCAUGCUCUAGUGUGAGUGUAAGAGAUUUUCGGCUGGCUCAAAUCAUGAUUUUUGCAAUUGAAGAAAUUAAUAGAAAUGAAAGUUUGCUCCCAAAUGUUUCUAUUGGCUAUAGAAUCUAUGAUAGCUGUUCAUCAAGACUGUCUUCUAUGAGUGCAAUUAUGACAGUGAUGAAUAGUCAAGAAUUUGCAGCAGGAGAAAGAUGUAAUAAACAGUCUCCUAUACAUGCUAUCAUAGGAGAAACAGAAUCUUCUGCCACUGUGAUUCUUUCAAGAACAACAGGACCUUUUAAAAUUCCAGUGAUAAGUCACUCAUCUGCAUGUGAGUGUCUCAGUAACAGGAAAGAUUACCCUUCUUUCUUCAGGACUAUUGCUAGUGAUUAUUACCAGGGCAGUGCACUUGCAGUCUUGGUAAAGAACUUAGGUUGGACUUGGGUUGGAGCUGUGAACAGUGACAAUGACUAUGGAAACAGUGGAAUGGAUAUUUUUCUGAAAACAGCUAAGAAGGAGGGGAUUUGUGUAGAGUACUCUGUAAAAUUCUACCGAACAGAGCCCGAAAAACUCCAAAAAGCUAUAAAUACAAUGAAACAAGGCACAGCAAAAGUGAUUGUUGCAUACGUUUCAUUUAUUGAGAUGGGAUUAUUAAUUGAUCAACUGAGCAUUCAGAACAUUACAGGCCUCCAAAUGAUUGGAGUGUUUGGAUGGAUAACUUCAACGAAUUUGAUAACUCCUGAAACUUUUCAUGUGAUGGGAGGGUCACUGGGACUUGCAUUAAAAAAGAUCAAUAUUGAAGGGUUUUUGGAUUUUGUUAAUAAAUCAUUUUGGGAAACAGCUUUUCCAUGCUCACAUAGAGAUGGUAAUUAUUCUCAAACUAAAUUAAAUUGCAACCAAUACCAAGAUCUACUUGUUAUAAGAAAUUACCAUGAAGAUCUGUCUGAACAUAGAUAUUCAAGCAAUGUUUACAAAGCAGUAUAUGCUGUGGCUUAUGCACUACAUGAUCUGCUAAAGUGCAGAGGACAAGAAGUCUGUGAAAAAGCCCAGACAAUACAACCACAGCAGGUGGUUAACUCUCUGAAAAAGGUCAAUUUUACUGUAAAGUUUGGUGAUCGUGUAUGGUUUGACAGCACUGGUGGUGUAGUAGGCCAAUAUGAAGUUGUGAAUUGGCAGCAGGACUCAGAUGGGUCAUUUCAGUUUAAACCAGUGGGUUACUAUGAUGCCUCACUGCCCCCUGACCAGCGCUUUUUCAUUAACACUGAAAACAUAAUCUGGGCUGGACAGCAGCUGGAGAAGCCAAGGUCUGUGUGCAGUGAAAGUUGUCCUCCAGGCACUAGGAAGGCUGUACAGAAAGGAAGACCUGUUUGCUGUUAUGACUGUAUUACAUGUGCAGAUGGAGAAAUCAGUAAUGAGACAGAUUCAAAUAACUGCCAGCAGUGUCCAGGGGAAUACUGGUCUAAUACUGAGAACACUGAAUGUGUGUUAAAGGCUGUAGAGUUUCUGUCAUUCACAGAAGUUAUGAGUAUAGUGUUAGUCUUUUUCGCUCUGUUUGGAGUAGGAAUAACUGUACUGGUGGCCAUCCUGUUUUACAGUAAGAAGGACACUCCCAUAGUAAAAGCCAAUAACUCUGAGCUGAGCUUCCUGUUGCUCUUCUCACUGACUCUGUGUUUUCUCUGUUCACUUACUUUCAUUGGUCGCCCCACUGAGUGGUCCUGUAUGUUGCGUCACACAGCAUUUGGGAUCACUUUUGUCCUCUGUAUCUCCUGUGUUCUGGGGAAAACAAUAGUGGUGCUAAUGGCAUUCAAGGCCACACUUCCAGGAAGUAAUGUCAUGAAAUGGUUUGGGCCUGCACAACAGAGACUCAGUGUUUUUGCCUUUACACUUAUACAAGUUCUUAUAUGUGUGCUUUGGCUAACAAUAUCUCCUCCUUUUCCCUAUAAAAAUAUGAAACAUUAUAAGGAGAAGAUUAUUCUUGAAUGCAGUCUGGGUUCUACUAUAGGUUUCUGGGCUGUGUUGGGUUAUAUUGGCCUACUGGCUCUCCUGUGCUUCAUUCUGGCUUUUCUGGCCCGGACGCUGCCUGAUAACUUCAAUGAAGCUAAAUUCAUCACAUUUAGUAUGUUCAUAUUCUGUGCUGUAUGGAUCACAUUUAUCCCAGCUUAUGUCAGUUCACCUGGAAAAUUUACUGUAGCUGUGGAGAUUUUUGCCAUUUUAGCAUCAAGCUUUGGUUUACUAUUUUGCAUAUUUGCACCCAAAUGUUACAUCAUCCUGUUUAAGCCUGAACAAAACACAAAGCAACAUUUGAUGGGUAAAACCCAAAAUAAGUCAUACUGAGAAAUAAACAUUGUUAAAUUAA